UUACGUCAUAAACAAUAUUGCCCCAUUUCUUAUGCUGCGUUGGUCGGGUCAGCAGCGUUUCAGGAACAAGUUUUCGCAGGGAAAUUUGGUACUAAACAAUUACUAUUCUGAGGUAUGGAAGACGAUACUAACGGUAGGGGGGGAUAUAAUAAUGGAGGGCAACCCAGUGAAAUGUCCAUGGAGGCGUACGUGUCGACGGUAGGUGCUGGAAGAAACAUGUCUUACGACAACAUGGGUGCACAGAGCGAGUUUGGGGAUGAUUCAGGAGAUCGCAAGAGUUGGUGGGCCGGUUUGAAGAAAGGUGUCCGUGGCCUAUGGGGUACUCGUCACACAGAGGAUACCACAAAUGAUCGUGAAUUAUACAUUCGUACAACCCUUCGUGAAUUGAUUAUUUACGUUUUCUUCUUGGUAACUCUUUGCAUCUUAACUUUUGGAAUGACUAGUUCGACUCAUUUUUACUAUACAAAAGUGAUGCAAGAGCUAUUCCUUGACACCCAAUUCACAGAAACAACCAACAAUUUCCGAGGUAUCACAACAAUGCAAGAUUUUUGGCGAUUUGCAGAAGGGCCAUUGAUGAAUGGAUUAUAUUGGGAAAAAUGGUAUAACAAUCAAAACGUCUCAGAAGAAGAUCUUGGUUAUAUUUAUUAUGAGAAUAAGCUACUUGGAGUUCCUCGAAUGAGACAACUGAAAAUUCAAAAUGGAUCUUGUCAAGUUCACCCAGAUUUUCAGAAUGAAAUAACUGCAUGCUUCGAUUCCUAUCAUGCAGAUAAGGAAGAUACGACCCCAUUCGGAAAAGAAAAUGGUACUGCCUGGACUUAUCAAACAGAAGAAGAAUUGGAUGGAUCCUCUCAUUGGGGUUUACUUGAUGUGACCUAUUCUGGAGCAGGAUAUGUUCAAGAUUUGUUUUCAACAAAAGCAGCGUCGUUGCCCCUCAUUGAAGAUCUGAAAACUAACUUAUGGCUUGAUCGUGGAACUCGUGUUGUAUUCAUUGAUUUUUCGGUAUACAACGCUAACAUCAAUCUUUUCUGUGUCGUUCGCUUGGUUGUUGAAUUUCCUGCUACUGGAGGAGCAUUGCCAUCUUGGCAAUUCCGUACUGUAAAAUUGAUUCGAUAUGUUUCUACUUACGAUUAUUUCCUCAUGGCUUGUGAAAUUUUGUAUGUGCUAUUCAUUGUGUACUACAUUGUGGAAGAGAUUUUGGAAAUCAAGCGUCACAAGUGCAAGUACUUUGGAAGUUUCUGGAAUUGUUUGGACAUUCUUGUAAUUGUCCUUUCCAUUAUUGCUUUUGCAUUCAACAUCUAUCGGACUGUGAAAGUUGAUAGCCUGCUAAAUGGCCUCCUGGAUAAUCCUCAUAUUUAUGCUGAUUUUGAAUUUCUCGCUUUCUGGCAAAUGCAAUACAACAACAUGGUGGCCGUUGUUGUAUUUUUUGCUUGGAUCAAGAUUUUCAAGUACAUCAGUUUUAAUCGAACGAUGACACAAUUGCAAUCGACACUUUCACGCUGCUCUAAAGAUAUUGCUGGAUUUGCGAUAAUGUUUUUUAUCAUAUUUUUUGCUUAUGCUCAGCUCGGCUAUUUGGUUUUCGGAACUCAAGUCAAAGAUUUCAGCACUUUUGAGGAAAGUAUUUAUACUCAAUUUAGAAUUGUUCUGGGAGAUUUUGAUUUCCACGAGCUGGAAUCUGCGAAUCGUCUUCUUGGGCCAAUCUUUUUCCUCACCUAUGUCUUCUUUGUAUUCUUCGUUCUGCUCAAUAUGUUCCUGGCCAUCAUUAAUGAUACUUAUUCUGAGGUCAAAGCUGAAAUAUCUGUCCAAAAAAGCGAGUUUGAGAUAUCUGAUUACAUCAAGCGUGGAUACAACAAAGUUCUGGAAAAGCUUUCAUUGAAAAAAGACCGAAUUCGUGAUAUUCAAGAUGCCAUACAAUCUGCUGAUUUGAAUCAUGACAGGCAACUGGACUGGGAAGAAUGGCGAUUAGAUUUGAAAAUGCGUGGAAUACCUGAUGCUGAAAUCGAAGCUGUUUUUGCAAAAUAUGAUCAAGAUGGUGACAUGAUUUUGAAUGAGGAUGAACAGAAACGAAUGCAUGCUGAUUUGGAGAAAGAAAAAGCGGAUUUGAGUAAUGAAUUAGAUGAAAUUGAACGUGAGAAAACCGCAGCUGGAGGUACUGGAAGUUCAUCUUCGCAUCGACCACCUUCCGCAAGAUCCAAAGUUUCACACGUCAGCGCUGCGGAGUCGGGGGCAGACAGUGAUGACGACGAUGAUGAUGAUGACAACCGCCGUAUUGAUUCUAAAAAUCUCGUUUCUCAAGAUGAUUUCCAGAUAUUGACUCGUCGUGUAGACAGAAUGGAACACAGCAUCGGAUCAAUUGUCUCUAAAAUCGACGCCGUAAUUGUGAAAUUGGAAGCAAUGGAACGAGCGAAACUGAAACGCAGAGAAACGAUGGGAAAACUUCUUGAUAGCAUAAACGAAGACAAACCAAUGGAACGAUAUGUGAAAGAAGAAUUUGACCAACUCGUAUCGGAAACAUCACCAAAUGAAGAACGUCACAUGGGACGACCCCAAUCUGGUAGAUCUACAGCAUCAGCGGGUCGUGGGUUAGGCCUUGGCCUUAACCUGGGUGUCAACGACCAAAGUCACGCAUGAAGAUUCUCGAGGAAAAUAAAUUUCUUUUGUAUAUAUUUUUUUGUAUUUUUCAGUAUUGUAACUUUCAGUAUUUUGAAAAUUUUGUUGUAAUCAUCAGUAUCCCUCCUUACACGCGAAUGAUAUUACAAAUUUUGUAAUGCUUGCAUGGCUAACAUAAGUUAAUACCUGUUGUUAGAAAAAUCAUUGAAUGUUUUCAAAUGCUGAUAAACUUAGUUUCCUUUCAUUCCUUUCAUUAAACCAUUCCUGAGUGCAGUUUUUAAUAAUUAGUCUCAGUGCAAGACUAUUAUAAUAUAUUUUUGUUGUUUUGAGUUUUCAUAUAGUUCCAAUAGCUAGCUGCUUUUGACAAGUUUCAUAAGGAAGUAUUUGUGUUCAAAUUUUCUGUAUAUAUCUAUGUUUAUUUGUUAUAUGUUUAUUAAAAUGUAGAUCACAUAGACAAAAUUAUCAAAGUAUUUUGAACUUUGUAUGUAUAAAAUUGGAAUUUUUCAAAAGUUGCUCAUCAUGCAAAGUCUAUCACUUGUGAUGGAGUAUACAAGUUAUAUUCAUAGGUAUAAAGAGGAUUGUUAUAAAUUUUACUGUGAUAAUUUUGUUUAUGUGAUCUUAAGUUUUUAUCUGUGUUUUCUAUUGUUCUAGUAUGUGAAAAAAUCUGGUUAUUGGUAGAAUGCUUCAACCAGUCAAGCACUGAAACUUAAAUUUCAUUUGCGGCUAUGAUUAAUAUAACAAGUUUAGUUUAAAAUCCGUUGUUCAGAUUAUCUUAAUAUUCAUUCUAUUUGUACUGAAAACCUUUUGCAUAUGGUGCAGAUAUGUUGUCAUACAGUAUUUUUUUCCUGGUUUCUAUAUUUCUUUUCAAUUUACAAAGGGUAAUAUUUAGUUUUCAUGAAUCCUGAAUGGCUAAAAGUAUUUGAAAUGCGGUUUUAAUUAGUUAAUUUGCUGACAGCUUCGAUAUUUCCUAAUCCCAAUAAUAUUUUUAAAUAUUAAUUACUAGUGCGGCAAAAUCAUGAUAAAUGUUUUGUAUAAAAUUCAAUAUAUAUUGUGAUUUCAUUCAUAAUCGAUUGACACUUUUCAGUUUUUUAAUUCCUUGCCCCAAAUUCCAACAAUUUCAAUUUCACUGUUUUACAUUCGAUAUCUACCGAAUAAUUGUGAUACAAAUUUAAUAAUUAGAGUUACGGUACAUUUUAUAUUCUUAUUGUUUGAAGGUGCUUUUUUUCUAUAGGAGAUCAUAUUUACUUGGUUUAAUGGUUCUAUUAUUUGCCAUUACUGACACCUUAUUCAAUCUUGCACUUGUGCUCCUAUUAACCAAACUCUGUAUAUUCUCUAAGGCCCACUGUGAGUUUCCCUAUUGUAUUAUACAAAAAUGGUGUAAUUUUAGUAAACAUUUUGUUUUUUCUUAAACAUAUCGGGUUCUAAACAUAUCGGCUUUGGAUCAAAGAUGAAUGCAUCUUAUUUAAAACAUAACCCAUGCUUAGUCAAACUCGUUUUUUUCAUUCUGCAUGAUCGAUAUAUAACAAAAUGUAAUUUGAAAUGAAUGUCUAUGUAAUUGCGAUGUACAAUCGAUCUGUUUGUAAUUGGACUUGUAUAUUGUACUACUUGUUACUGGCUGCCAUUUUGGUUAUUUUUAUUUUACCUAUGUUUUCAAUUUAGCAAUAAACUGAAAUUUCAUUCAUUACAAUUUUAAUAUAAGAAAUAAUUGAUCCCUAUUUUUCGUUUUAGAAUUAUCUCCAAAACAAACAUGGUUGCUUCAUAUUGAAUUGUGAAAAGAAUUUGACAAUAAAAUAUUUGGUACUGGUCUUUCAGCCUAAUCUUAUUCACACUGGCAUGCGUACUAUUAUCUUUUGUUUUGUCUAUUUUUGCCUUAUUUCUAUUUGAAACGAAGAUUUUCUGGUCUGAAAAUUUCCAUAUUAUGGCUAUAUAUAUAUAUACAUAUACUUCUCUAGCACCCCAGUUAUAAUUUUCUUUUCAUGGAUUUUGAGCUAAAGCUAGUAUGUACUGUGUCUGAUUGAUAGCUAAUAAUCCAUUAUCAAUUUAUAUGAUAUAUAAACAAAAGAAUUUUAUAACUGGGUUUAUUAUAUCUCGUUUUUGACAUUGCAAAUUAUUAGAAACUACUCGUUGAAAUAUUUGGUCAAGGAUUGCGAACAUUAAAAUUUAUCAAUUUUGUUUCUCUCAGUUACAAUUAUAUUUUCUCCAUUCAUGGCAAUAGGAUAAUUAAAACUUUAAGUAGUUUCAAUUAUCACUUUGUCAUGUUUGGUACAAUAAUGAAAGUUUACCCAUUACCACAAUAGAUAUUGUCAUAAUAAGAUUUACGGUCUUAUUUGCAUUCAUUCUUGUAAUAUAUGUGUUUAUUUUUCUAUGUUGUAGAA